CCCCGCCGCUGCCCUGCCCAACCCGCCCCGGCCCCGAGAGCGACCGGCACUAGCGCAGGCGCAGCUGCGCGUGCGACCGAAAUAAACAACACGGCCCGAGCCGCGGCGCGCGCGCGAGGAGGGAGAGCAGAGUCGGGCGCGCACGGGGACCCAGGGGGGGCGAGAGGAAAGCGGCGGGUGCCGGGCCGCCCGCGCCGGCGCCGAGGCAGGCCUGCCUGCCGGAUGCCGCGGCGCGCGGAGCUGAGCUGAGCUGCUGCUGCCGCCGCCGCCGCCCCCUCGCGAUCCUUCUGUUUCCUCCUCCCUCCCGGCCUCCCCCCACCAGUCCACCGCACACACCGUUUAUAACGCCUGCCUCCGUGCCUCCUCGCUCUCCUCCACUUCCUUCGUCGCCGCGGUCUCGUGCCCACCCUCGCGCCCUCCUCACGUGCCCCACCCGCGCCGCGCUCGCCCGCUGGAUCUGGGCGCGGGGGCGGUGCGGUGCGCUGCUCUCCGGCGAAUCGAUGGCGCGGGCGGCGCGGCUCGGAUUGCUGGGCGCCCGCGCGCUCGCGCUCCUCGUCGUCGCGUCAGUGGCGCUGCUUCCACUCGUCAGCUCCGACGAUGGGUACAGACACUGCGAGAGAGUCGUCAGGGGCUGGGCGGAUUCCUCUACUGGGCGAGAGAAGGAUGGGGACAAGCUGAGCCUCAAGGAUUUGCUCUUUUUCCUCCACAUUCCGAGGACCGGAGGCCGCACCUACUUUCACUGCUUCCUGAAAAAGCUGUAUACAAAUGCGCAGGAAUGCCCGCGGUCUUAUGAUAAGCUACGGUUCGACCCAAGUCAUCCUGACUGCAAGCUGGUUGUUACUCAUGAUGACUAUAGCUUAACUUCCAAGCUACCAAGGGAGAGAACUUCUGUUGUAACAAUACUGAGAAAUCCAGUUGAUCGUGUAUUUAGCACAUAUGAGUUCUCAGUUGAAGUUGCAGCCAGAUUCCUUGUGCACCCAAACCUAACUUCUGCAAAGUUAAUGACUACCCGUGUGUUAACAAAGUCUCGUGCUGUGAGUACUUUGGACAUCUGGCCUUGGAAGUACUUGGUUCCAUGGAUGAGAGAAGAUCUGUUUGCCAGGAGAGAUGCCAGGGUUGACAAAGAGCAUAGUAGCAAGAAGAUUAAUGCAUAUGAUGUGGAGGAUAUGGUUAUGCCGUUGCAUGAGUACAUCAAUGAUCCAGUUGCCCAUGAAAUCAUUCAUAAUGGCGCUACCUUUCAGAUUACUGGGCUAACAAACAAUUCAUACUUUGAUGGAGCACAUGAGGUUCGACAUUGUGUCAGACAGCAUCCAGAUCUUGGUCAUAUUGUGCUAGAUGUUGCUAAGAAUAGGCUGGACCAGAUGCUGUAUGUAGGACUUACGGAGGAUCAUGAAGAAUCCGCAAGGUUGUUUGCUCAUAUGGUAGGAGUGCAAGUGCUUUCACAGUCAGGGACAUUGAACUUAGAUCUGAAGGAAGAUCUACUCAGUGAGAAUGACCCUCACCCAUCCAUGGUGGAGCCGGAGGAAGAAGAAAUAAAUGAACAUCUGAAUAGCACCCAUGGUUGGCAAAAUAAUGAAGCCCUGAACUCCACGAGCGAUGAACAAGGAAACGGAAAUAUGACUGUUGGGAAAUUGAUGGAAGCUUAUGAAACUUGCAUUGCUAGACUGCGAAAGUCUCAGUCUAACCGUCGUAAAAUAUCCCUAAAGAAAGUUGCGGAGGCAAACUUUUCAAAAGAGGCACGGAAGCUGGUACCUGAGGCAAUAUUGAAGCAAAUUAUCUCGUUGAACAGCCUUGACAUGGAACUUUAUGAUCAUGCUAAGAAAAUUUUUACCCAGGAGCAUCUGAUGCUUAAAGCUCAACAAUCUGUGGUGGGACCUCACAGACAGCUGGCAGAACAAAAGGGCUGGACAGACAUCAUCUGCAGCGACGGGAUUUGCUCUCCUUGGAUGGUGGUCAUGCUUGGGCUAGGGAUCGCAGCGAUCAUAGCUUUACUCUCAUUUGCUGUAACGACGAGAAGAAGAACGUCAAAACUUAAGGUCUAACAAUGAUUCAUUAGUUGGUCUCUAGAUUUUUGAUGUACAGUCUGAUGAAUGAUGAUGCCCCCAGACGUUAACGUUACCCUUGGCAUUCUUUGGGGCAAAAAUGUUAACAUCAACAGAAUUAUCAUGUAUACAAGUAUCGGUGUUAACAAUUUAACAUGCCUCAUUGAUGGGA